AUGGCUCAGGCUCCCGAGAAUCAAGGAAAACCUCUCAAAUACACAGUUUCCCAUUACCGCAAGCCGGAACACACUCACGAAGCUUUCAUAAAAUGGAUGGUUGAAGAACAUCUCCCAAUUGCCAUACCUAUCUUCAAGAGGCACGGUGUCCUUGCGCUUACACCUGAUGCCUACUUCGUGACACCGGCUGUUCUCAAUGAGGCUGUCAAGCAAGAAGUUGGAAAGUUCCGACCUACUUGGGACUUCGCCGACUUUGACUGCUUCAUUGAGUACACAAUCCCUGACGUGCAAACCAUCAAGAAUGUCACGUCGGAUCCAGAGUGGCCAGUAGCAGUCAAGGACCAGGAUGAUUGGGUUGAUUCCACGAAGGCGUUGGUUUCUCUAGGAUAUUCGACUCCAUACUUGUUGGAGACUGGCGAAGUUGUAAACAUGCCGAAGUAACCGAGGCUUGAAUAUGCAGAAGCCUCCAGGAAGUAGUACAAGCUGUAGGACGUUGUAGGACAAUCUCGGGACUGGUCUUAUCAGAUAUUUUUAGACGCUCGUUUACCUACCUAGGUACCUAGUAGUUAGCUCAUCAGCAGAACAAAGCACUUCUAUAUUGUGGCAUAAUAUUUUUUGUGUUACGUUUUACCAUACAGGGGGAAUAAUUGGUGCCAACCAACAAUCUUACAGCCGUAAAACUA